AUCAACACUUCUGCGGCUGUGUACUCUUGUUCUUCUCCAACACUUACUCCUCCACAACUUCACUCUCCUUGCCACAAGUUUUGCUUUUUCUGUUUGUCAUUCUUCAACUGGUUCCGAUCAUUCGUUAUCAAUUUAACUAAACCGGUAAGCCCCAUUUCUUGAGCUUCUUCAAAUUGUCACGAACCCUAAUAUCCCCAUUCUGCAUGUAACAAAUUUGAAUUGAGCCCUUACCAGAUCAGGAUUUUAGUCAAUUUCCCACUUGGGUAUUGUGUAAAUCUUGAGUCUUGUUACUAUAAACUCGAAAUCAGUACUUUUUCCACAUGGGUUAUUGUUAAUUUCGUCAAAUUUGUUGAUAUGAACUCACAUUUACAAGUUUUUGCAUCUAGGGCUAUGUUGAAAUCUUGAAAUUGGUGAGGUUGAGAUUUAAAAUCACAAGUUUUCUGUAUCCUUUUUUUUUUUUUUUUUUUUUUUUUUUUUUUUCUAUUGAGCAAUAAUGGCUUCUUCAAUGCUGUAUGGAGCUGAGAAUCUCGCAAUUAUAAGAGGAAGAGCAUACCCAAACGGGUUAGGGUUCAACGCGUCAGAUUUGCAUGGGAAAAAGUCUUUCCUCAAACUUAAUUUGGCCAGUGGGAAUUCGAAUCUGAGAGGUAUAAGUAAGAGGCUAAUUGUACCCAAGUGCAGUGUGUCUGUACCAAGGCCAGCUUCACAGCCUCGGUUCAUCCAACACAAAAAAGAGGCAUUUUGGUUUUAUAGGUUUCUGUCAAUCGUGUAUGAUCAUGUGAUAAACCCGGGUCAUUGGACUGAAGACAUGAGAGAUGAAGCUUUAGAACCGGCUGAUUUAUAUAGCCGUGAUAUGAUAGUAGUGGAUGUUGGUGGUGGGACCGGGUUCACAACUUUGGGUAUUGUGAAACAUGUUAAUGCUAAGAAUGUUACCAUUUUGGAUCAAUCGCCACAUCAGCUUGCAAAAGCAAAACAAAAGGAGCCAUUGAAGGAAUGCAAGAUCAUCGAGGGAGAUGCCGAGGAUCUUCCCUUCAAAACAGACUAUGCUGAUAGAUACAUAUCUGCUGGAAGCAUUGAGUACUGGCCGGACCCACAACGAGGCAUCAAAGAAGCAUACAGGGUUCUAAAGAUAGGAGGAAAGGCAUGUUUAAUUGGGCCUGUGUAUCCAACCUAUUGGUUGUCGCGUUUCUUUGCAGACAUGUGGAUGCUGUUUCCAAAGGAGGAAGAGUACAUUGAGUGGUUUGAAAAGGCUGGAUUCAAAGAUGUUAAAAUCAAGAGGAUUGGCCCAAAGUGGUACCGUGGGGUCCGCCGCCAUGGUCUUAUCAUGGGCUGCUCUGUUACCGGAGUUAAACCCGCAUCAGGAGAUUCACCAUUACAGUUGGGUCCAAAAGUGGAGGACGUGAGGGAGCCAGUGAACCCAUUGGUGUUCCUAGCCCGGUUUCUUGUGGGUGCGAUGGCUGGAAUCUACUAUGUCCUGGUCCCUGUGUACAUGUGGCUCAAGGAUCAAAUUGUCCCAAAAGGUCAACCAAUUUGAGUCCUCAGAGAUGGUUUGGUUUGGUUUGGUUUGGUUUGGUUUGUUUUAGGUUGAGUUGCAUUUUCCCAUUUUGGUUUUGUAUGCUAUGAUAUGAUAUAAUUCCAUGCCUGGUUUUGGUUUUCA